GGAACGCCCGAAAAACUGCUCUGACGUCUCUCAGCCGCCAGAGCCUCCCCUCUUUUUCCAGCGCAGCUACCGGCCGCUCGAGAAGCGUUUUCUCGCGCUGAAGAGAGGGCUUGCGUUAUUUCGUCAAGUAAAGGGAUUUCUGGAUUAAUCUCUCUUCUCGUGCGUGUUUCCUUGUGGUUUUUCUCUUUCGUUCGCGACCGCUGAUGCCAACUUUGUCGUGAAUCUCCUCGAACACCUGGCAGACACAGCCUGUGCGUUGCGAGGGAAAGCAGCCCUCGGCUUUUCCCGUGCUUUGGAGUUGGGGAAAGCGCCAGAAAAGCGCAGCGACUGUCGUUUUCCACUAACCCUUUUGUUUCUUUUUCUCGCGGCAAGGACUGGGAGAAAGAAGCCGCGCCCUCUCCGACGUUUCUUCGUUUUUUCCGUUCCUGCUGGAGAGAAUUCCGCAGAAGCAGGCCCCGUCGCCUUCUCUCGUUUCUCGCUUGUCCUUUUGUCUGUUCCUGAGGAAACACAUCGCCGAGGCGCAAUUCGCAGUUCUCCUACACGCUUGCAGAACCUGCAACUUAGUAUGUUCCUUGGCGCAGGUACCUUUCACGGCACAGCCCCAAGAAGUCAAACGCCGCGUCUUCCCGAGUCGUACGCGACUUCAGCGAAGCCUUCCUCAUCAGUUUUUUCCUCGCGCUGCUAAUCGCAUGUGGCAACAGCAGUUGACAGACGACCCCUCUCCAGUUCCUUUCCUCGAACUUGGUGUGUAUACUUCAAUCGACUUACAUUUCUAGACGCUGGACCGCAAAACUGUGUGAAGGUCGGGGACAGCCGUCGCAGCCCGAGACAUUGAGGCCUUGCCUUUCUCCCGUUUCUCACUUAUUUUCCACCCGUUUGAACGCUGGCUUUGCCGGCUCCUUGUCUCUCUCUCUCCGCCUUCCUGUUCCCUCCACGUCUCCUCUCAGGUGCAGAAGUCCCUUCGUCUCCUGCAAGGCCGUUUCCUCUCCUCCACAAUGAGUGAGAACGACCCCACUCCCGCUGCGGCAGACGCAGAAGCCUCCGAAGGAAAUCCGACGCAGGAGGGACAAACUGCGGAUCCGAACGAGGCACCUGUCGCUCUGGAGAAAGCAGCAAGCCAAGGCGACGUUCAGCCCUCUCCCCUGGACGAGGAGAAGCCUGUCCCCUCGUCUCCACGAGAGGCCAGUGAGAAACCAGCCUCCCCACUUGCUCCCGAGGAGAAGUCCGCGUCGCCUUCGCCACAGCGGGGGCUCUCUGCUGCGUUCAAAACCGCUGCGGCAGCGCAAGAGAAGGGAGACACCGACGGUUCUGGCAAUCUGCCUUCUCCGAAGCGAGGGACGUCUUUCGCGAAGCCGGUGUCUGCCAAGAGCGCUCCUGCUCGCAACUCAGGCGCAGUGCCUGCGAGAGGAAAGGAUGAGAAGGGAUUCGACAGAAGAGAUACGCCGCCAACGCCCAAGGCCGCUCCUCUGAGCGCCGCAAACGUCAAAGGAAGUCUGUGGCAGCAAGUUCUGAACGACGCGAAAACGACGAAAGUCGAACAGCGAGACUCCUACCUCGUCAUGCUAGGAUCUUACGACGUUGGCAAAAGCACGCUGUUGCGACAGCUUCAAGUGUUGGGAAGCGUCAAACCUCUGUCUUCGACCGAAACGUACACAAAUACGGGAGGCGUCUCUUUGCUGGACUUUGCGUACGUCGGACAAAGAUGUCUUGAAGAAGAGGAAGACGUAUCGACUGUCGACGCCCACUCUUUCGCAAGCGUGUACAUUCUCCAGCAUCCCGAACUCGCAGGUCGACUGGCGGAGCUGCUGCCCUCCUCGGCGUUGCCGAAUCUCUGCUUUUUGAUUUGUCUGGAUAUGCGGCAGGCCUGGUGCGCCUUGGACGAAGUGACCAAGUGGUUCCGAGCGGCGGAAAACAUCUGCAACACUCUGUUAGCGAAGCAAGACGUCGAGACGCAAGAUCGACUUCGAGACAAAAUGCAGAGAUACCUGGCGACGUAUCGUCGGCAUGCGAUGAGCAGCGGAGUCACGCGAGCGGUGACGGCGUUGCUGGAUCUCCAGAAUUUCGGCAGUUGUGCUUCGACUGCUGGCGAAGAGCUGGUGAAGACGUUGGAGGCAGAGAAAGCGACAGAGGCUUCGUCAGACAUGGAGAUUCCGAUUCCGGCGCCGGUCGUCGUCGCAGUCACGCGAUCCGACGCCUACCAGCAGUUAAACAGCCGGCAAAACUUGGGGCAAAUCGACAUCAUGAUGGCUUACCUUCGCCGAGAGUGCCUUAAAUUCAACGCUGCGAUCGUUGCAUGCAGUUGCCGCGACGAGAGAAACCCAAGGAACAUCCUGUUGCUCUAUCGCUACUUGAUGCAUCGUCUCUGCAACUGCUUUUUCAAGGAGUUGCCAGCAACAGAAGACGUCGAGUCUUUCUUCAUGCCUUCCGGAUGCGACACUGCUGAGGACGUCGAAAAGGCUGUGCAGCAAACAGUGGCAGGGAGCUUUGAGAAACCGUUUGAGGCGUGGAUUACGAGACACAUAGAGUCGAAGAAGCUCGACGACCAAGCGAACACGACAGUGCCUAUCCAGACGAUGCAGGAGUUUCUGCGGCAAAUGGAGGAGCAGUUCCCAGCCGCGGCGGUCGCCGCAAAACCGAUGGGCGAACGGCGCGUGCCUCUCCUCAGCGCCAUUCCGAAUGCGUCGGGAGCCUUAGGAAGGACGGAGUCAGGCCGUCGUAGUUUGCAGGCAGGGUCGCAACGUCUUACGAUUUCAAUUCAGCCGUCAAUCAAAUCUUCGCGCGCCGAGUUGCAGCCUACAAAGACGUUUGUGUCCGGUCCAGGCGCAGAAGGCGGCGUGGAGAAAAUUCGGACGCGGGCGGAGGUUCCGCGGCUGCUCUCUUCCACUCUUGUGACAAAGCCGAGCACCCUGCCGACGAGCAGUUCGACGAUCUCGACUGGCGGCGGCGGAGCAGAGUCGGCCUCUCUGCAGAACUUUUUCCAGGGGUUGCUAGCCAAAAACAAGACAAAGGUUCCCGCGACUCCGCGCGGUCGCGCGCGUCCGAAGGCAGGUCCCGAAGGAGAACAGAAGAAAGCGCCUGGAGACGCGUAGACAGAAAAACAAACCAGUGAAUUUUAUUUCUUUUGCCGCCACACGGUUCUUUCUCUGGAACUUCGCCUGUUUGGCCGCGUUUAUUCGGGAUGCAGAACGACAAACGCCGUUGAGACAACAGGAAACCCGAAAACAGCCUAGGCUUUUGUGGUACGUUCUCUUAUUCAAGGCUAGCAGGUGGCCUCCAGUUCUCCAGGCGUGGUAGUGUGAGGUUUCUGCUCUCGAGAAAACAUACAGAGUGAAGCAGGAAAAAGGGAUAAAAAGCGAGUGUGCUACCGGUUUUUACGCGGUCACUUGCGGUUAUCACUGUUACGGGACGUGGCGCUGAAAGUAAAGUAGGAUCAGGACCACAGUUGAAACAAAAAGAGCCAUUCUUUGUGUGAAGAGAAAACACAAGAGGUUGUGGAUGCAGAACAGUGUUUUUUUCAGCCACAGCUGAUGUUUCGGUCGUCACCUUUGUUUGGUUGAAAAAAGUCUUCCGCCGUGUGUCAAGCGUCGUUCGUCGCCAAUUGGACGCAUGCUCCCAGUGUUUUUAAAAAGAAAAACUACGAGCUUUUGUUCGUAACAAAAACCAUCUCGAUCAGGUGCUGAG